AUGGCGGGAGGGAUUACUGAUACCCCUAAUGGGGAUGACCUUGAGCCUCCGGUGAAUUUCAUGACGUUCUCGCCCGAUGGUCUUUCCCUAGCAUCCGGGUCUUUCGAGAGUUCAGUAGUGUGCCUCUGGAACACAGCUACGGGUGCCCUCACCCAUACUCUUGACGGACAUUCCCGUCCUGUAAAUUCGGUGACCUUCUCGCCCGAUAGUCGACUACUGGCAUCCUGCUCUGGUGAUGAGACAGUGCGCCUCUGGAGCUUACCGAUUGGCACCGUGCAGCGAACUCUGGAUUCUCAAUACGGUUCGGUUCACUCGGCGGCCUUCUCAUGCGAUGGCAGGCUACUAGCACUUUGCACAGAUGAUGGAAGGGUUUGCCUCUGGGACCUCAUGAGAGGCAACCUAUGCCAGACCUUUGAUUGUCAUUCGAAUUCGGUUUACUCAGCGGCCUUCUCAUUUGGUGGCAUACUACUAGCUGCUGGCACAGAUGAUGGAAGAGUGUGUAUCUACGACCUUGCGACAGCCGCAUUGUAUCAGACAGUUGAUGCUCAUUCCGAUUGGGUUAGUUGUUUGGCAUUUUCAACUGAUAGCCGGCUACUGGCGUCCUGGUCUAUGGAUGAAACAGUGUGUCUCUGGGCCUUGGACGCGGGCGAGGUCUCGGAAAUUUGGACAUUCGAAGUGACAGACAACACUUCAGAAUUUUCUCAGGACGGUUUAUACCUCCAUGCCGGUUUAAGCCCCCUUGAUGUUGAAAUGUCAUUUACAACUUCUGUGAAUCGAGACAUCUGUAUUGAGGACGGGCAAUGGAUAAGAUUAGAUGGCGAAAGGAUUCUCUGGCUACCUAUCGAGCUUCGGCCUAGCCGCUUCAAGAUCAAUGGCAACAGACUUGCUCUGGGACAUGCAUCGGGGAGAGUAUCAUUUUUUCAGUUUUGUAUAUAG